UCCAUGCGUAACGGGAAACAAACCAGUACCAACGCGCACUGACUCGAGGGUGUCGACAAAGACUACUCCGGAACUCUAGACGAACGACAUUUAUGCACCCUGGUUGUUUGUAAACGCGAAUUAGUGCGGGGAUUUGCGAGCGAAGAAAUAAUACAAGCAUGACGGACGUGAUCAACACCAGAGAGCCCGGGCGGGAGGACUUCAGCGUGGAGGGAGCCACUGGAGAGCAGGGCAUCGCCUUCCAGAUCUUCCCAGACGGGCGUGAGCGCUACCCCAAGCUGUCCAAGCGGCUGCCAUCUAUCGUGGUGGAGCCCACGGAGGGGGAGGUGGAGAGCGGGGAGCUACGGUGGCCCCCAGAGGACAUGCACAGCGCCGACGCGUCCCACAGACCCACACACAUGAGCACCACUCUGGAGCAGAGCCCGCAGGAGCAGACGGGAGCUGAGGAGCAGGCCAGCAGUGCAGAUUCAUCAGCGGCCACUGAGCAGGACUCAAACUGAAGAAGAACCAGCUCCACCGAUACCCCCAACCCCCCAACCCCCCACUGCCCCACUUCCCACUUCAACCCCCACCCCACCACAUGACCCCCCCCCCCCCUCCCGCCCUCUCAAAGUGCUUGUUGAAGGCGGCAGGCAGAAAGAACAGUCUCUCCCUCUCAAUCUACUUCCACUUGUAUCCAGUCCCCCCCCCCCCUAAACCCCCCCUGCUCUCUUCCUCUCCUGGCCUGGGGACGUGCUGAAGACUCAAGGCUCCACUGACUGACUGACUGACUGACUGACUGACUGACUGACUGACUGACUGACGGCGACAGGAGGUUUUGGAGAUGAAAUCUCUGCUGCCUGCGUGGAGGCAUCACAACCCAAUAGCUCCCAGCUGCCAAAGCAGAGGAGGUCGUGCACUGGAACCACCACGUAAUGAAACACCAGUUUACACCAGUUUACACUCUCCUGCAGCACAUCAUGCUGAAUUACUCCCGCUCACUCACAUGAUGAUGUGUCUGUUGUGUGUGUGUGUGUGUGUGUGUGUAGUGUACGCUCACUCAUACCAUGACAUGUCUGUUGUGUGUGUGUGUGUGUGUGUAGUGUAGCUCACUCAUACGAUGACAUGUCUGUUGUGUGUGUGUGUGUGUGUAGUGUAUGCUCACUCAUAUGAUGACAUGUCUGUUGUGUGUGUGUGUGUAGUGUAUGCUCACUCAUAUGAUGACAUGUCUGUUGUGUGUGUGUGUGUGUGUGUGUGUGUAGUGUACGCUCAUACCAUGACAUGUCUGUUGUGUGUGUGUGUUGAAAUUUCCUGUGACAAGUACUGCUGGGAAGGGAUCACCUGUAUGCCACUAUGUGAUAGUGCAUGUCUGUGUGUGUGUGUGUGUGUGUGUGUGUGUGUGUGCGUGCGUGCGUGCGUGCGUGCGUGCGUGCGUGCGUGCGUGCGUGCGUGCGUGUGUGCGUGUGUAUGUGUGUGUGUGUGUGUGAGUGUGAGAGAGAGAGAGAGACUGCUGUAGACGGUGGUGGUGUAGAAACAGAGUGAGUCUGAGAGUCACGUAGUGGGCGUGUGGGGAGAGGGGCAUGCGCGCUGUGCUGGGUGUCUGAGAGAAUCUGCCACUUACUUGAAACUUCAAACGUGUCGACCCGUCUGUCAGGCGGCACGUCAUGCCAACACCUCAUCAUGCCACACUCUCAUCUCAAAGUCCUUUAUAGCUCUCUCUCUCCCUCUCCCUCUCUCUCUCUCUCUCUCUCUCUCUCUCUCUCUCUCUCUCCUCUCUCUCUUCCUCUAUCCCGCUCUCUCUCUUUACUCCUCUCUCCCUCUCUCUCUCCCUCUCUCUCUUCCUCUAUCCCUCUCCCUCUCUCUCUCUCUGACUCUCUCUCUCUCUCUCACUCUCUCCCUCUCUCUCCCUCUCUCUAUCUCACUGUCAUCCUUUAUUUUUCCAACAUGAAAGUUCACCCGUAGCCAUGCACACAUACAGACACGCUCACACUCAAACAGAUAGACACACACACACACACACACACACACACACACACACACACACAGCCAAACACAUUGCGCCUGUUGAUGGAUUCUAGAUAGUGCCUUCAGCUGCUAUGUUGGUGUAGAACAGAACACAGAUUUAAGUAAGACAUAUAUAACAUUCAGGAUCACCACAUGGACAUACUGGUAACAUUCAAAGCAGGAUGACCAAUACUCAUCUCCAGCCAUGGUAAUUAGGUAACACGUCUGUGUAUUGUGUAUAGAGAGUAAAUAAUGUGUUGUCAACAUGGACUAGUGUCCUUUGACUAGUGCUGGCUUCUAUCGUAAGAUCUUGGUGAAUCAUUUGUGAAUGAAAAUAAUAAUGUAACACAUAACAUUGUAAAUCAAUAGAGAACAUUAAUGUUUUAGAAAGAAAGUUAAUUAUCUUUUUAAUAAACUCUUGCCCCCCUCCA